GUGGUUUUAAUCAAGACUUUAAUAUUAUCUUUCUUGAUGAUGCUACGGCUACAGAGAAUGAAGAUAUGCAUAAGGCUACAAUAUUGAAUUUGGGAUACGGAUUUGCUAAAAUCUCCACUGUGAAGGAAAUUACCGAGUU